UGCCUAGAUGUCUCCGCCCCCACUGCCAUGGAGACCAGCUUGGAAGCUUAGGGGAGCUGCUGUGGCCCAGGGCUCAGUGGGGAGGACUAGGAGGCCAGGAGUCUUGGACUAGCUGCAGGGUUUGAACUAGGCUGAAGCAGCAGAACCACAGAGGUGGCUGAGCAGGGGUCUGGCCCUGGGGCCACCCAGCCACACUCACACACCCACUUCUCCCUCCAGAGCCCUGCCCUGAAGCAGGUCUCUGCUCCAGGCCUUUCCUUAGUUGGGGAAUCGGGAGUUGGAGGAUCAAAGUCCCCCAUAUCUCCCUCCCCCGCUGCAGCUAUGUUUAUCAAGGUGAUGUUUGGGGGACUCAAGAGACCAACACUUGGGGGUCACCCUAUAUGGGAGAAAAGUCAACACACACGGGAGAUGGAUGGAGGGGUCUCCAAGGAAGUUUAAGCAACAGAUGUCGGAGCUGUUUUGCCUGGGGCACAGUCCUAGCCCCCUAGGCCCAGUCGCAGCUCUGGGAAAGGGAAAGAUGGGAAGGAGAGACAGAGGACCCCAGAUGUGGAGGAAGCGACCAUUGCUCUCCUGGCGGAGGACGGCAACCUAGUGAGCCUGGAGGAGGACCUGAAGGAAGGGGCUGCAUGGACCCAAACCAUGGGCAACUCCCUGCUGAAGGAGCGAGCCAUAUAUGUCCUCGUUCGAACCAUCAGUAAGAGGGAGAGGACAUGGUCCCCACCCGCUAUGAGUCCCUACUGGAGAACCUGGAUGACCAUUACCCAGAGCUGGCAGGUGAGUGUCAGGGUACAGCCCAGGGGGAGGGCACACCUUCUCCCUAGCCCCUACCAGCAGGACUUCCCGGGCCUUCCAGAGGAACUGCGCAGGCUGUCAGGCCUCUCCUCUGCGGGCCACAACUGGAGGAAGCGCAUGGGCACCCGGCGUGGCCGCCAUGAGCAAAGCCCCACUUCAAGGCCCAGAAAGGCUUCACAGAUGUGGCAUAGGGGCUGGCACACAGUAGCAGCUCAGUGCACAACUGCUGGACGAACUCAACGAAGGCGGCAGCAUGGUGCAAACAGACAGCAACCCAGCACGACUCCUCUUGCAGAAUCUGGAAUUGCUGAGAAGUUGCAUCAGCAAGAGGGGCAAGGGCCCUGAUUAAGGUGAUGGAUUGCACACUGUAGUGAGACAUCCAUCCUGACCCCACCUCAUCAGCCAGGGAGCUCCCUGAAGACAGGCCAUCGAGAGAGGCACACAACAGGCUGUGGUCUAAAAUAAACUUUUAAUUGCA